AUGAUAAGAGUAAUAUCAAAAAUAUUUCUAAAAUAUUAUUUGGUAUAGUUGAAGAGAUGUAUAAAGUGGGAUAGAGAUUAAGUGUAUAAAAUCUAAGAAAUAAGAAAUGAUAAAGAGAAUUACAUCAUGUAAGAAAAAAUUAAGUUUAAAAGAGAAAUUGUAAAAUCAAUAUAGAUUAUUAUAUAAAUGAAAGCAAUUUAUUUAUUGGUUUUAGUUAGUUUAUGCCUUGGAAAUGAUUAGACAGUGUAUUCAGUAGAUUAGAGAUUGGGAAAAUACACAUUAAAUGAAGGUAAAUCUCCUGUAGCUUUGGCUUGGGGUUAUUAUAAACAUGAGGUGAUGGAAGAUGGAUGGGGUAAAUUAUAUAUUUGGACAAGUGAUACAUUUAAAUCUCAUGAAUAUAGUUUAAAGACUUCUUAUGCAGCAGGUAUAAUAAAUAUAAGAUAAUAUAAAGGUUAUUUGGAAGGAUCAAUAACAUAUGAACAUAUAUAUAAUCAUUUCUGGUCUUGGUAUGAUUUUACUUUUGGAAAGGAGAAAGUUGAUUAGAAAUUAGAAUAAUAUUUAUUGGAGUAAUAUGAAUAUGCAAGAGGAUUAGUAAAAGAAAAUAGAGGAGAUGAAUAUUACGAAGCUUUAGAAAGAAUCUUAGCAUAAAAUGAUGGAUUAUUUUAAGCUAUUUAAGAUAAAGCUCCAAUAAAUAAGAAACUCACAUGGGUUCAAUUAUUGUUAUUGUAAGCAUGUGGAGAUAUUUAUGAAUUAAAAGAAGCAAUGAAAACAAAAUAAGAAAGAAUUUAAUGGCAUUUAUUAAGUUCAGAAGAAUUUGAAUGGGAAAGAGAAAAGAGAAUUUCUUGUUCUGCUUUAAUAAAAGCAUUAGAUGAUUGGAGUGAUGUAUGGAUGGCUCAUACAACAUGGACAAGUUAUUAGAAUAUGCUUAGAAUUUAUAAGUAUUAUUAAUUUUCUGGUCCAAAUCCAUAUAGAGUUAGUUUUUCAUCAAAACCAGGAUUAUUAUAUUCAAAAGAUGAUUUUUAUGUUUUACCUGAUUCUAAUAUGGUUGUGAUAGAAACAACAAAUGGAAUCUUAGAUACUUCACUUUAUGAUUUGAUAAAUGCAUAGACUCUUUUAACAUGGUAAAGAGUUCCAGUUGCUCAUUCAAUUUCAAAAGGUGGUGAAAAAUGGACUAAAACAUUUAUUAGACAUAAUUCAGGAACAUAUAAUAAUUAAUAUAUUGUUAUUGAUCUUAAAGUUGUUAAAAAAGGGUAAUAAUAUUUUAUUAAAUUACAAGUACUUAAGGUCCUGAAAAAGAUUUUAUUUGGAUAUCUGAAACAGUUCCAGGUUUUGCAAUUGCAUUAGAUGUUACAGAUAAAGUGAAAUCAAAUGGAAAUUAUUGGAAGAGUUAUAAUAUUCCAUAUACACCUGAAGUAUAUGAUAAAGCAGGUUAUACAGAAGCUGUUAAGAAAGAUCCUAUUAAAUAUUCAUAUGAAUUAUGUCCAAGAGGAUAAAUGAUGAAAAGAGAUGCUCCUAAAGUUAAGAGUCUUUAAGAUAUGAAAUAAUUCAUCAGAUAUAAUGAUUAUAAAAAUGAUGAAUUUUCAGAUAAAAACCCUGCUAAUGCUAUUUCAAGUAGAUUAGAUUUACUUGAUGUAAUUAAAAUAAUAUAAAUUAUAGACAAACCCAAGAGCACAUGGAUCAAUUGAUGGAAAAGUAGCAUCAUUAGCUUCAGUUCCAUUAAAUAUUGCUUAUAUUCAAAGCGGACCUACCACUGAUCAAUAGCCAGUUUUUAGUUGGACUCCUUUAUUUAAUGGCAUUCAUUGGGGAUAACCAACAACUUUCAAUUUCACAUGGGUUGAAGUUAAAGAAGAAAAAAUUGUAUGAGUAUUAAUCAUAUUAUAAAUUAUUC